AUGCCUCCUUCUUUUGGUUGGAUUAAAUGCAAUACUGAUGAUGCCUUUGAUGAUAUCUCUGGAGAUAAUGGUGCAGGCUAUGUGAUGCGUGAUUUCUCAAGAAAAGCAACCUUUUGUGCCUCCUUAGUCUUUGAUGUUCACUCUGCUGAAGAAGCUGAAGCAAGGGCCAUCUUGGAAAAUCUGAAGAAAGUUGUGGAACAACAUCUCUCUCACAUCAUUGUAAAAAGUAAUGCAAAAGCUCUCAUCGAUCAAUUUUCAGCUGGGAAUUUCGAUGGAGACUCUAGGACGGAUGUUAUCUUUAAAGACAUUCUCUUUUUUUCUUCCAAAUUAUCUGCUUGUAUAUUUAGUUUUCAUCCUAGAAGUUAUAAUUUUGUAGCUCAUGAGCUUGCUCAAUGGGAAAAACAAAACAAUUCUUCCAUGUACUGGUCUAAACCUCCUGUUUGGAUCCUUCCAACAGUUGAGGAGGACCAUUAUCCUUUUUGA